UGCGUGCACAGCUCUGGGAGUGCACAGCACGGUGAUCGGUGGUGCGCUGUGUCCCUCGGACACAGCGCAUCACCAAUCAACGGAAAGCGCCGAAGAUGUCAGCUCUGUCAUGUGAUCAGCUGUGUCCAAUCACAGCUGAUCACAUCCCCAGCAGUGCCACCUGUUAGUGCCCAUCAAUGCCAGCUGUCAGUGCCCAUCAGUGCCACCUGCCAGUGCCCAUCAGUGCCUCAUCAAUGCCACAUAUCAGUGCCCAUCUGAGAUGCCUUUCAGUGUCACCUAUCAGUGCCAGUCAGUGCUGCCAAUCAGUGCAACCUAGCAGUGCCAGUCAGUGCCGCCUGUCAGUGCCGCCUAUCAGUGAGCAUCAGUGCCGCCUAUCGGUGCCUGUCAGUG